CAGAGCUUCCAGUAAUUAAUAGGAAGCAUCUAGCCAUUGGAUAUUACCCUUUCUCAACUAUAAUUAAUAGACAUACCAUGUCUUUCCCCGUUUAAGAGCCACCUAACCGUGCUACCUCCCAUGCGAAUAUGAAUCCAGUGAACACCAAGCCUUACAGCCUGCCAUCCGGCGCAGUCUGGUUGAUUACCGGUUGCUCAACGGGCAUCGGUCGCGCCCUUGCGACCCUGGUCGCGAGCAAGCCAGACCAGCGUCUGAUUGCCACGGCCCGCAACCCGUCCAGUCUUUCGUAUCUCCCCGAUGCGAGCCCCAACAUCCUCAAGCUCGCCCUGGACGUGACCUCAGCCAGUUCAGUCAAUGCCGCCUUUGCCGCGGCUGCGGAGCAUUUUGGCAAAGACUUCCAUCUCGACGUCGUGGUCAACAAUGCCGGAUAUUCGCUCUCGGGCGACACCGAGUCCGCGACGGAGGAGGAGACGCACCAGGAGAUCGAGACCCUCUUCUUCGGCACGGCGCGGGUGACGACGCGCGCCAUCGAGGUCAUGCGCCAGGCCGAAGACCAUAGGGGUGGGGUGAUUUUUAACAUCUCGUCGCUCGCCGGGCUAUGCGGCUUUCCGGGGCACGCGUACUACCACGCCGGCAAGUUUGCCGUCGAGGGUUUCUCGGAAUCUCUUGCGAGGGAGAUGCAUCCGGAUUGGAACAUCAACUUCUGCAUCGUCGAGCCAAGCGCCGUCAAGACCAACUUCGAGGGCCACAGCAAGGCGCACACCAAGCCCCAUCCAGCUUAUGCGGCAGACGACAUGCCGGCUCGAAAGCUCGAGGGAUAUGUCCGGAUGGGCAUGAAGGCGGGUGUUGGCAUCGAGCCUUCUACGAUCGCAGAGGCCAUUUACAACAUCGCCAGCCGUGGCGAGCGCGUUCCGUUGCGACUUCCCCUCGGUCCGGUGGCUUGGAAAAUGGCCAAGUCCAAAUUUGAGGGUCUCUUGGGAGAGCUCGACGCGGUCAAGGAGCUGAGUGCUCUGGGUCAGGAGAUUUGAAAGCAUUGAGGAAUAAUUACUUCUAAGUUAAACAGUCAAUUAUCAUCUCCAAAGCAAAGGAGCU